UAGCAGUUGUCUUCGUGACAGCGGACGACACCGCUCUAGUUUAUACCUUCGUGUGGUUUUUCUCCUCCGUCACUGUUGUACGGGGCCCCGGCCCGGUGUCCGACCGGCUACAGCUGCUGAGAAACGUUUGAGAAAUGUGUCACCCGUGUGCGGCGGAGCCGAGAGACACUGUCUUUACCAAAACAGAUAAACCAUCAUGAUUCCCAUCACAGAGCUCCGGUACUUUGCUGACACGCAGCCAGCGUACCGCAUCCUGAAGCCAUGGUGGGACGUUUUCACCGACUACAUCUCCAUCGUCAUGCUGAUGAUCGCGGUGUUCGGCGGCACGCUGCAGGUCACGCAGGACAAGAUGAUCUGCCUGCCUUGCAAGUGGGUGGUCAACAGGUCCUGCGAGACCAUGCCCGUCCCGAAUGUGAGCGCCGCCGACGCGCCGGAACCCAAAGGGAUUCAGUACGACCUCGACCGUCACCAGUACAACUAUGUCGACGCUGUCUGCUACGAGAACAAACUGCACUGGUUUGCCAAAUAUUUCCCCUAUCUGGUGCUACUACACACCCUUAUCUUCUUGGCGUGCAGUAACUUCUGGUUCAAGUUCCCCCGCACAAGCUCUAAACUGGAGCACUUUGUCUCCAUCCUCCUCAAGUGCUUUGACUCCCCGUGGACAACCAGGGCUUUGUCUGAGACGGUGGUAGAGAGCGACCCCAAGCCUUUGGGGAAGAUGAACGGCUCGAUAGACAAGAAGGCCUCGUGUGUGAGUGAGGACGUUGAGGCUAGCAUGCCCAUGCUCCAGCGAACAAAGUCCAGGAUUGAACAAGGAAUAAUCGAUCGCUCAGAAACCGGGGUUUUGGAUAAAAAGGAAGGAGAGCAGGCCAAGGCUCUUUUUGAGAAGGUGAAGAAGUUCAGGAUCCACGUAGAGGAGGGUGACAUCGUGUACCGUCUUUACAUACGUCAGACCAUCAUCAAAGUAAUCAAGUUCAUACUGAUAAUCAGCUACACAGCCUACUACGUACGCUACAUCAGGUUCAGUGUGGUGUGCACGGUGAACAUUCAGAAACUUACAGGGUACAGCACGUUCUAUUGUGCUCACCCGUUAGCAACUCUUUUUAAGAUUUUGGCGUGUUUCUACAUCAGCCUGGUGGUGGUUUACGGUCUCAUCUGCAUGUACACUCUUUGUUGGAUGGUCAGCCGCUCCCUCAAACGAUACUCCUUCGAAUCGAUCCGCGAGGAAAGCAGUUACAGCGACAUCCCCGACCUGAAGAACGACUUUGCCUUCAUGCUCCACAUGAUCGAUCAGUACGACCCUCUGUACUCCAAGCGCUUCGCUGUGUUCCUGUCCGAGGUGAGCGAGAACAAGCUGAGGCAGCUGAACCUGAACAACGAGUGGACGCUGGAGAAGCUGAGGCAGCGCAUCACCAAGAACUCGCAGGAAAAGCUGGAGCUGCAUCUGUUCUUGCUCAGCGGGAUCCCGGACACGGUGUUUGACCUGGUCGAGCUGGAAGUGCUCAAGCUGGAGCUCAUCCCCGACGUGACCAUCCCGCCGAUCAUCGCCCAGCUCUGCAACCUGAGGGAGAUGUGGCUCUACCACACGCCGGCUAAAAUUGAGGCGCCAGCUCUCGCUUUCCUGAGAGAGAACCUGAAGUCUCUCCACGUCAAGUUCACGGACAUCAAGGAGAUCCCGCUGUGGAUCUACAGCCUGAAGAACCUCAGCGAGCUGCACCUGACCGGGAACCUGAGUGCCGAGAACAACCGUUACAUCGUCAUCGACGGGCUCCGGGAGCUCAAGAGGCUCAAGGUGCUCCGUCUGAAAAGCAACCUGACCAAGCUGCCGCAGGUGGUGACGGACGUGGGCGUGCACCUCCAGAAGCUCUCCAUCAACAACGAGGGCACCAAGCUGAUGGUGCUCAACAGCCUGAAGAAGAUGGUCAACCUGACGGAGCUCGAGCUCGUACGCUGCGACCUCGAACGCAUUCCGCACUCCAUCUUCAGUUUGCACAACCUGGAGGAGAUCGACCUGAAGGACAACAACCUGAAGACGAUCGAGGAGAUCAUCAGCUUCCAGCACCUGCACCGGCUCGUGUGCCUGAAGCUGUGGUACAACCAGAUCGCCUACAUCCCCAUUCAGAUCGGAACGCUCACCAACAUGGAGAGGCUGUAUCUGAACCGCAACAAGAUAGAGAAAAUCCCCAGUCAGCUUUUCUUCUGCCGCAAGCUGCGCUUCUUGGACCUGAGUCACAACAACCUGACCAGCAUCCACGCCGACGUGGGCUUCCUCCAGAACCUGCAGUACUUCGCUGUGACGGCAAACCGGAUCGAGACUUUGCCCCCGGAGCUCUUCAAGUGCAAGAAGCUGCGCACUCUGAAUCUGGGAAACAACUGCCUGCAGACGCUGCCGUCGCGCUUCGGGGAACUCACCGGCUUGACCCAGCUGGAGCUGAGAGGGAACCGCCUCGAGUGUCUCCCGGUGGAGCUCGGCGAGUGUCGUCUGUUGAAGAGGAGCAGUCUGGUGGUGGAGGAGGACCUGUUCAACACGCUGCCGCCAGAAGUCAAAGAGCAGCUGUGGAGGGCCGACAAGGAGCAAGCUUGAGCCGAACAUCUGUGGAGAGCCGCAGAGGAGAGAUGUUUGAUUGGAGCGAAUAAUUGAGCAGAGAUUUUUGUUUGUAAAAGCAGGCUAACGUUGAGUUUGCAGCAGUGCGAGCCAUGCUCAGAAAAGUGAUGGCUUGUUGUUUGAUCGGUGCUACAAAAGCAACGGACGUUAGCUUUCAAGAAACUCCAAGGAUGUAUUCCUGGUAAUCACUCGUUACAUGGUCGCCAAGGAAAGACGUCUACGAUCAAAGUAAUGUGGCUUACCUGUAAUAUCAUCCUGAGAUAUAAAGUAUAGUAGCAGGUGAUGUUGAAUAUGCAUGCCACUGUAGGACCUUGCUCAAGUAAACCCGUUUAAUAGAGGGAGCCGUAAAAAUCCGAACAAACUUUGCACGAUUCAGCCUUUGCCUCUGAGCUAAAUGUGCUCGCAAUCACGUAUUUGCUGAUCAUGCACAAAUUGAACAUAGCAGUGUUUGCCUGACCUUCCUCUGGCCUUCUGACAUUUUUUACAAUUACAUAUGUUGCUACUGGCAGAUCUUAGUAAAUGAGUUACGGAGCAACUGCCAGCCAAAGUGUUGCAAUACGAAGGUUUAGUCCUGUUGUUUCCUUCAGGCUCUUUGUACCCUCGACGUCUUUUUACGUGAACAAAAUGACUCCGAUGAAGAUCAAUGGAUCAUCCCACAGCUUAGGCCUUAACACGGAGGACUGAUGUAACAACGAGUACACAAACUCUCCAGUGCAACGUCUAAGUUUCUUGGCUGUUUGGGAGCAUCAGCGGAGAAACGCACCAUUUUUUCCCGGACUUUUUAUUUUGCUUCUCUGAACAACAUGUCUUCUUUAGACAUGUGAAGCAGGCUUUACCUUAUUUUGCAUGACUGAGCAUCGCACACACAUUACUGGUGUGUCUUAUUAAAAUACGCGUGAUGAGCUUUGUAUCAGUUUUUGGCCUGUUGAAACUAAAUCAAGAGUUUAUUCCGCCAUCAAGGUACAUAAAUUAGUACUUUUUAAAUCCUGUUUGUACCUGUGGAACAGGCUGUGAUUGGUGCAACAUUUAAGUAAUACAAACCAGUGAGUGACUGAGUGCCACAUAUUCUACACAGCCAUUGAUUUCUUGUGGAACAUGUCCCGGUAGUCAAAGAUCUUAAGUGACCUUUGUUCAAUUGAAGGCGGACAUAUGUUCCUUCACUGACUAGAUUGUAAGUACACAAGUGUGCUGACCCUGCUGACAGGAAGUGAGCUGUCCCUAUCUUAAAGCUACAGGCUCACAAACGUUCAUACGACUCCCCGUCGCAGUUGAUUUUUGUCUUCAUCAAAUUAAAACACACGCAAGCUUGCACGACUCUAAUCAUUCAACCAGAAUAUUAUGUAGACUAAUAAAACGAGCAAGAAUCGUGGUACUUUUCUAUGCUCGGUAUGAUUUUUGGAUUAUGAAAACCUGUGGAUGAACUCCUGCAGACUAGCUGGCAGGUACUGCCAGUCUGGAAUAUAUGUUGUUGGGGACUGGAGUGCCCAGCUGUUUAUCUGUCAGCCCUUGUAUUUAACUUCAGUCUACUCCAGGGUAAAGUAGACAUUUGUCAGCAUUUUUGUUUAUCCGUUCAAGAGCGAACUGGGGACAAACAGGAAGUCACAGAGUGAAGGAAACUGGUUUUGAUCCACCUACACAAGGGAAACAUUUAUUGACAGAGAUUAUGCAGAAUAUGUGAUUUCCACAUUUGUGUUUUCCGAAUUAGUGCAACAUGCUUUGUCUCUGCUUGAAACACUUUUCUUGUUAAGCCUUUGGAUUUAAUAGCAUCGUUUGGAGCAACCCUGCUAUGUUUACUCCAGCUCGCUGCUAACACGGCCUUUUACAAGCUGAACGCCCUCGUAAUGAUCACAAGCAUCACGUUCGACUUUUUGGUGUGUUGUAAAAUGUAUAGCUGAAAUGUGUUUUUCAUAUCAGUCGUAUGGUAUGUGCUCUUAUUGUUUCCAGCUGUUUCUUUUAAAGGGAAGUUUCACUGUAAUGGUACAAUCGCACCUUUGUUCACGGUGAGUUUUGCUUCACUGAUUUUCUGGCUUAAAUCCAGACUCCCUUCUUAGAGGGGGUCAUGAGUGAACUGCUCGUGUUCUGAAAGAAGUCUUGAAUGUGUUGACGAGCAACCGGUUUGAAAGUUGUAAGCAAAGGUCACAGACGAAAGCAACAAAAAGGUACAAAUGACACCAGAAAAACACAGUAAUUCAAAGGAAAUCUCUUUUUAAACGUUAACACUGGUUUAAGUGGCGUGUCCAGCUCCAUGUGUCUGCUCUCCUUUCAUUUCUGUGAGGCCAAGAAGUUGCCAAAACAUGUAUUUUUUAUUUAUUUAUUUUUUUUAACGACCUGUUGGAUGCCAAACAAUGAAUGCAAAUAGGCAAGUUAUUUAAGACUCUUCUACUGCGGUAGCUGGCCGUAGAUAGGGGGACAAGUUGUAGGACGACUUGUACGUCAUUCCACAGUAAACGUGACAUCGUAACAUGGCUCGUUGCAGUGGGUCAGUGCAGUCGCUGGUGCUGCUGACACGAAAGGUCUCCCUCCUGCAGUGCACCACAGGGUGUCAAAUUAGGCAAACAAUGCCCAUCAGUUGUUGUGUCAAGUGUUGUUUGGCCUUAACUUGGUGCUCAUUAGAGGAUAAUCACAGCUAAAUAUACUUUUUUUUCUGACCUAUGUUUAACCCUAAAUGCACAUUUUUCUCUUCAAGUAUGACGGUGCCAUGGAUAUUUCUUUCUGGGAAGUCAUCCACACCUUAGAUUUGCUGCAAUGACUCAACACAUAUUGAUAUAUUCAUCUAUCUGUCAGCUCUGUCGUGGUCGGUCUACGUCAGCAUCGCUACACAUCUGUAGUCGGCUAUAUGUGUCCGAGUCUCACUUUGUCCUGCUAACAUUUGGAUUUAUAUCCACAAAUAUCCUCUUUUCUGACCUCCAGAGCUCUUACAACAGUCCCUUCCCUCUGAGUCACGAGAUGAGGAGCACAUUAAAACCUCACGUCGGCAUCAGGGAAUCGGCUGAAGGUCCAAGCUGAGGUCACCAAAAUGCCCUUUGGCUAAUUUAAAAACUGUCAUGCGAGCACUUUAAUCAGUAUCACAUCAGAAGAGGCCCAUUCUCAUCUAAACAUGAAUCAUUUAUAUUUAAUACAUGUAAAAGCUUUUGUUUCAUUCUGUGAAAAUGUACCAAAAAAAGUUUUGUUUAGUGUUGCCUGUCCUGAAUUUAUUUAAAUGAUGUUACGUUUGCCUUAAGUAGAGUAGUUUGUGUGAAACAGCACGGUUGAUCUGUUUGUUCUCAUGAUUAACACAUUUUGAUCCGACAGUGAGAUGCUGAUUUCUUUGGAGCUCAUUUCCCCAAAAACAAGACGGGAUUUAAUUACUCCACAGAAGGAACCCAUGACAAUCUAACACACUGUAAUCGGAGGUGAGCUGAUGUUUCUGAAGUGUGCACAUUUUUGGACAUUCGCAUUCCAUUUCACUUGAGCACAGAAAUCACAUUAUUCAAAAAACUGCAUUACAGCCACACUGAAGGUAUACAACCCACCUAACCCCGAGCAGCAAUCUCUGUUGAACACGAACUGUAAGACUUGUUUAAAUCUGCCCAGUCUGACGUGACAAGGCCUUUAUUAACGAAGUGUUGCCAAGUGGACUGAACACAGGCUUUUUAAGCAGGACGUCUGUAACAAUGGACAACUGAACUUUAUUUCCUGAUGUUCAGACUCUACCUUUUUGUACCAUUCUGACACAUGAUAUUGAAAUAAACACUUAACACUAAA